GUUGUUCAACUCUAAGUUAUGGUUCCCGCCGAAAGGAGUCUACAAGGAUGAAUGGACGGAGCUUGGCCACUCUGAAAGUCCAUUUUGUCACCCUCAAGUAAUUGAUGAGGUUGUCCAGCUUGAGGGGACCAGGUCAUUUGAACAGCUCGUUAGCCUGUGUGGCAAGUCUCUAGUGGGACGAAAGCCCCCUUCUAAGAGGAGUUCUCGUUCUGAAGGAAACUUCCAUCAAGAACGCGCGGAAAGUUCACACAAAUCUUCUGAUGAAGUGAUAAUUCAUGAUAUCGCUGCUAGCUGCAGGUUUGGGUCGCCGCGCCAGAACGGUCCCGAUACGGUGUUUCCAAGAGAAUAUGGUAGUCACGUUGCGCAGGGUGAUAUUUUUUUGCCUCCAUUUGCCGUGCACUCUCCUUUUGAAGUCUUCUACGAAUGCAAGAGGCGAGUCAAGGGUGCACGAAUACAGAGCUUCGUCGACUUUUAUUUUUAAGACGAGAACUGUGCGAAGUCCUUUUGCCUUUUUUCCCCCGCGUUUCUUAUAUAUUGUAUGAACCCCACCGACGAAUAUAUGACCCCUCCCUCAGCGUGGGAGGCAAUACAAAAGUACAUACCAAAGAACAAGGUUAUUUGGGAAGCCUUCUACGGGGAUGGAAAGUCAGGCGACACGCUACGCACCUUGGGCUUUAAGGUGAUUCACGAUGAGGUGGACUUUUUUGAAAAUAAUUUAGGUGAUGUUAUAGUUAGUAAUCCACCCUUUAGCCGCCGCGCCGCCGGCCCGCGUGCUAGCGUUUCCAUUUCCACGAUCGCCGAAGUUUAUCCCAGCGACCGUAGGCGUAGAGACUACUCUGUAUGCCAUGAAGAGCUCGGGAUUACGCCCGACUUUCGCCGUGUUGAAAUAACACGCCGCGUAAACUUCAUUCAUGUAAAUUGGGACUCCCGACCGGGCUCACCGCGAUCGUCGACGACGCCUCGUCGCCGUCGCUCCAUCCGAAAUCGAAGUCGUGCUCGCUACACGUAUCGUCGCCGGCGCCCGCGGUGCUGGUGGGAGACCGCGGCGCCUUCGACCUAUCCUUCGCCCCAAUAAUCACAGGAGUUAGUAAGGACAGUCGGCUCGAACAUUCGUAUGGCUUCCUCAAUGUUAUCAAUGAAGCAAAGACAGGAAGUAGCAUGAUCAGCAAGGGUAACUGCAUCCAAUGCACCAGAACCGCAAGACUUUAAAACAUGGGUCAGAUCUUUGGCAGCGACGUUAUCAGAAGUUUUUCGGGAAACUUUGAUCGUUUUUUUGCCGUCAACAAGUGCAUCGAUCGCUUGCCGGACAUCAACGCCGUUCAUUUCACGAAAGUUGUCACAGUUCAGCAAAUCUGUUAUGGUCGAAAGCGCAGACGAGGCAUCAUCUAGCUUGCAGGCAAUCGAAACAGCUUUGACAGUAUUGUCUACGUCGUAUCCGCAGAGUGGCAGCAGUUUUCCAAUUAAACGAGGAGAAUGAUUUCCAACCUUGUCAAACACGUCCGCGAACUUUUAUCUACCAUAUCUUCAGGGCUGAUUUGCACUUCGGGAGUAAAUGAUUGAGCGUUAGGAGGUGUCAAAGGCGAGGCCCCGGUCAAAUCAACAGUAGGAGAAGUCACGAGAUCGGCGGGAGGAACCGUAGCGCUACCGCCAGGCAACGCAGCCCCGACAAGUUGCAAGCGCCUUUGAUCAAGCGAGAGGGCACCCCCUGUACUAUGGUUAUCUGGGAGUCCAGUGUCAUCUGGGAUAAUGCGAGUCGGUGGCGGGACACCCGAGAGAGCAUUGGCCUCACCAACGUGUUUAGCCAAUUCAGAGUCGAAAAGAUUCGUCACCACCCUUCUUCCCUCUCCUCUCUC